GUAAAGAGCGAGGUCAUAUUCCUUUCAGCUUUAAAUAUUUUUUUUUUCGUCACUGCAUUUCUGGGGAACACUCUGAUCCUAGUUGCUCUGCACAAGGAAACUUCGCUUCAUCCGCCGUCCAAACUCCUGUAUCGUAACCUAGCGUUAACUGAUCUCUGUGUUGGUAUCAUUGUAGAGCCUUUGUUUGUGACUUAUUGGACUUCUGUUGUGAACGAAAGGUGGGAUAUUUGCUAUCACGCAAUUCGGGCAGCAACUUUCUCAGGUAUUAUUUUCUGUUUGGUGUCUUUUUUAACAGUGGCUUCAAUAAGCGUGGACAGACUUUUCGCCUUGUUGCUGGGGCUCAGAUACAGACAAGUUGUAACUUUUAGAAGAACAUGUAUAACUGUGACUGGUUUUUGGAUUUUGUCCAUCGUCUGUGCAUCUACUCUCUUUUUGAAUCUUCGUAUAACUUCAUGGUGUCUAUACAUAGUUUCAGCUUUGUGUCUGGUCACCACAAUCUUCGCUUACGCAAAAAUUUUCAUUACUCUGCGUCAUAACCAAAUUCAUGUUCAGAACCAUGCUGCUCAAGGACAACCGAGCGAAGCAAUUCCACUGAACAUAGCUCGAUACAGAAAGGCAGUGUAUAGUGCACUGUGGGUGCAGGGAACAUUGGUUAUUUGUUAUCUGCCGUAUGUUAUAGUAGUACCUUUGACACCUCAUAGAGGGAUGUCUUCAUCCCUUUACCGUGCUUUGCAAUUUACGACUACUUUAGUGUUUUUGAACUCAUCAUUAAACCCAUUGUUGUACUGCUGGAAGAUCAGAGAAGUGAGGCAAGCUGUAAAAGUAACAUUAAGGCAACUUUUCUGUCGAUCGAGUUAGUUUUUUACGCUUUCCAUCUGUUAAUUCCUGCUCUGAUAUUUUGCAGUUAACUGUAAUGUAUUGUAUUGUAAGCUUACUUUAAGAAACAAGGCGUAUCAACUGUUUUUUCAAGGGAAACUUAUAUUGUUCCUGCUGGUUUAAAAAUGUUAUAGUUUUUAUUUAGUGGCAUGAAAUGUAAAUGGCCUUACGAAUAAAUAGGUAACAAAGAAACAAUUGAAAUAGGGUGUGAAUAUAUGUUACUUUAUGUUUGGUAAUAUAUCAACUUUGCAGGUUCCCUCACUCUUUUUUGUACAUAUUUCUUUGCCGUCGUUGCACGACUACGACGUGAAAGUUAUAUUACUUAUUUCAUUUUUUUGGAGGACGUGAACACAAGAAAACGACUUCCUUUUUGUUUUCCUGAAUUUCGAUACAAUACAGUGUUUGAGAAUUUACCUCCAGAGAAAAUUACCAACAUUUGACGAAUUGAACGAGAUGGAAUUUCGAUACAAUACAGUUUAAGAAUUUACCUCCAGAGAAAAUUACCAACAUUUGACGAAUUGAACGAGAUGGAAUAAGUGCGACAAAUUGACUAAAGAGUAGAUGGGCGGGUUUUAUCAACAGAGGCGAAGAUAAAAUUUCUCAUAGUACUUCUGUAUCCUUUUGAAUAUGUCCAGAGGCCGGCUUUUCAUAGAAUUUCCCAGCUUUAGAUACCCGUAAAAUUCGUCGGAGGACAUUGUUCUCCGGUACACUGAGCAGGAAGAAGCCAUGUCCAGUAGGUCCUAGCCUGUGUAUAGCCGACCCCUGCCCUCUUUUAAAAAACAAAUCUAUCUCUCCCUAGGGGAGGGGCGUCUGUACUCAGGCUAUACUUUCUAGUAGGCCCAAACAGAACUCAAGUGUGUUAAGGUUUGGAUUUUUUAUCAUAGAGGACCCCCAGCAAAGUUUUAAGAUAUCACGCUUGCAGCUCGUAAGAAUAAGUUUGUUUCAGUCGUGGAACUGAGAAAAAUUAACAUUUGACGUGCCUUCCAAUAGGGUACAUUUGUACAUUAAAAAUUCGAAACUUUUCGAAUGUCAAAAUGGCCUCAAGACCGUUCUCGAAAGGCGUUUCCGCCUUUUAAAGCGGAAUUCAUUCUAUGCCUUAUCAGUUAUUAGUAUAUUUGUUAAGUCACGUGACCCGUUUUACUUAAUUGACGGUUUCCGACAGCACAUGGACAUUAUUAAAAGGCGGCAUUCUAAAGCCCUUACUAGGAGCCAUAGAAAAACGAUAAAAUAAGGCGAAUACAGUUUGAUAUAAGUAUUCCCCAUUUUCAGUGACGAGUUUUGACCGUUGUAAGGCAGAAGUGAGUCACGUGACUGAGAAUUAGAAUAGAAAAGCUCAUAAAAUGAAUAUAAACAUGGAAAGGAACCUGUUUGCCAAGUUUCACAAAGAUGAUAGGAAUGUUUCUCCUUAAAAUGAAAAUCCACCGAAUUCGUGGUUGAGUCAAAGCCUUAUUACAUAUGAGAAGGAGUAGGGUGGCUCCAUCAACUGACUGUGUAAUUUAAAGUUGGAUAAAUUAAAAUUUUCACUGAAUGACUGAUGAGCUCUAUUAAUUGUCUCGAACCCCAAAACAUGGCUCGUUGCACCACAGGUGUAACUUCAUCGCUCACAACUAAUUUUGGGUAUAAAGUAUAGCGUAGUUUUCUUAAUUUUGGUAUUUUACACGAGUUUUAGUUUAUUUUUUGGUAUAUUGGAAGGUUUAUUUCGGGUAAUUUGGUAUCUUACUACCCCUCCGGCCGACCCUGUAUACUCAUAUCGCUAUUCAGAACAAUCAGUAUUCGGUUAUUGGCGCUGUCAUUUUUCGUGUUCUCGUUUGGCUUUUGUAUCUUUACUUGAGGUUACGUCUAGCGCCAGUAUAAAUUGUUACUGAGUUGUAAGGCCAGCAAAAGCUUAAAAUAAUCGGUAUAUUGCUGCCCUCUACAUCAGUUGUUGUUUAUACACCAUAUGUGAUGGAGACGAAAAAUCAUCGAGAGAAAUGACAGGUGUCCAUGAUACUGGGUAAGAAUUAAGGUUAUAUUAAUAACUCAUCGGUCGUCAGUCCAGUUGGUAAAAGUACCAUUUUGAAGGGCAAAAUAUUGGCUUCAAAAAUUAGGAAUGCUCGUAUCUAAGAAGAUGAACUGGUCAUUAAAUACGUGCCUUAACUUUUGUAUUCUUCCUAACACAGGUGUCAAGCAAGCGAUAGCAAAAAUUCACCUCAUGAGCACAUAAUAUUUUGCAACAAAAGCAACCAUUGUGCUUUGUACUAUACACCAGAAGGGAUGUUAAUUAUUAACGUAGAACGGGGAAUGGUAAAAAAAGUCUAUCCAUGUAAAUUCCACGCAAAAAAAAACUUGCGUACUGCCGGAAGAGGCUGUAGGAUGAAAGCCAGGCGAAAAACCCCAGAAAAAAAAAAGACAUGCAAAUAGAACCAAAAAAAAUUACAUGCUAGGCAAGAACUCUCCCAACCUCACCUCUCCUCCUGCCCUUGCUUUGCCGAUGGCGAUUUUAAUCAGUAAUUUGCGUGUUUUUAAAGCAAUAAUCAUCAUUUUUCCCGCUAAAACUAUCGUUCAGUUUCUAUGAAAUCUCAUCCUUCGCGAAGGACCCAAACAGUCUCUAUUUUUCAGCCUUCCGACACUCAGUUGUUUAUAGACUAAGCUCAAUAAAAAGAAGUCCGUUUGCUAAUAAUGGCCAGUUCCCUAACCACAGGAAGGAGCCUUGUAAGGAGAAUUCGUAUAAUGAUAAUCUAGUGCGUACUACCAGGAGCCACUGAUUUUUGGGUAGACUUGCUACAAGUAUGAAAUCCAUAAAUGAAAUCCAACGAAGGACUUCUGGUAAGUCUAAUUUUUGGGUACCCUGUCAUCUUGCCUAAGCUCCCUUAUUUGGGGAGCUAAAGUAACGAGGACAGCAACGAGAACGGCAAAUAAGUAAUUAAUAGGCUUAGAUUACGAAAACAACAACUUUGCACGUACACUGUACGUUCAAAGUUGUUGUCACCCUUUUUUGAACAUUUCUUUGCCUUCGCUGCGCGAGUACGACGUAAAACUUCCUAAUUUCACAAUUUUUAGAGAACAUUUCGUCUUUCCCCGAACUUAGAGAAAAAAAUCCACUCCAGAAAAAUUCGCUGUUUAGACAAUUGACAAAUUGAACGAGAUAGAACAAGAGCGAUGGACUAGAAACGUACAGCGCGAAUGCAUUCUUUAAUUUUCAACGAUGUCUUCGCCGUCGUGUUUACCUAUGAACAUCAUCGUAAAUAGUAAAUACAGUCGAAGCUUUUGUAAGCGACCGCAUGGUAAAACAAAAGAGGGUGGUGGAUUACGAGAGCUUCAGAAACUCAUUAAUAAUUCAUAAAUAAAAAAAGGCGGGUUAAGUGGUCUCGGCUACGAAAUGACCUUGAAGCUAUACAAAAGCAAUACUGCACUGUACAAGAUCUUUAUCAACGAACCAUAACCGCAGUGUACAGUUACAUUUAAGUGUUGAUUUAUAUAAAUAAGAAUCUGAGUGGCCGCUGAGUGAUUGCUUACGAGGAAAGGUCUAGCUGGGUAGCUAAUCCCAAAAGUGGUCACAGUCGCUUGCGGGAGUGGUUUCUUAAGAGAGCUCUUCAUUACAAAGUCAUAGUUCAAACGGGGUUCAUAAAGUUGGUUGUAACUAGAGCUCGUCACUUGUGAACCGAUUGUGGUCGCAAGGAGAGCUUCCGCCUUCGACUGUAUUUGUAUGACAAUUAACAUGCCCGUUAUAUGGCUAUAAGAAACGAGUGUUGUUGUUAGUGGUGAAGUAGACUGUUCACAGCCCCCUAUUUUUCCGUGAUAUCGUCGAGACAUUACCAUUAAUGGAGGCCAUCUUGAUUUUCAAAUGUACCUAGGGAGCGGGCGUUGGGGAUUAUAGCUCUAGGGGGAGGGGGGCGAGAAAAAUAUUUUUCUCGCUUCCUCUCAAACCGCCCCCUGCCCCCUCAGUAGUUUUGACACUCAUGCAAGAUGGCAGCCAGUAACGCAAAGCGCUCGAUCUCGACGAUCUUAUGGGAGAAUAGCAGGGGCACCCAACGAGAAUAUAGUUCAAAACCACUUAAACAUAGCAUUGUUGAACGUAUUUUAGUAUUUAAACGGUAGAUAUAGGCAUAUUUUUAUCCCCUAAAAAUUUUUUAUCUGUUCGGAUUUCCUAGCUGAAAGUCUAGUGAUCCGAAAAUUAUAGGGAUCAAAACUUACCUUUUCGAAAAUUUCAGCCAGAAAAAAGGCUCCCGAAAAUUCUAGGUGGCCUUUUUAGGCGAAAAAUCCGUUAAAAAUGGUCAAUUAUACCAUUUUUUAGAUGCUCUAAAAUCCUAGAAGAGGCAGACAAGCAAGAAAUUUUGGAAAAAAUGUUCCGAAAAUUGUAGAUCUCAAAUCGGCUUCUGAACAGAUAUUUUCCGAAAAUUGUCGUUGGGUGCCCCUGGAAUAGGGGACUGUGAACAGUCUAGUAGUGAAGUUAUCAUUUUACAUCUUUAUAAACAACAUAAAUAACAGACAACAAAAUUACCGCAGCACACACAGUUUGGUGCGUUAACCGACUGUUAACACUUCCUUUACACUGAAAACUCAUUAAAAUCGUCAGUUGGUUAAUUUCAACAGGCUCAUUUAAGUUCAGUGUCAGCUUGAAGAUAUUGUCUUUACUAAACCCUGACUACAACUUUUAAGAACAAAAUAAAACUCAUCUCUUUUGUUUUUGUUUGAAACACAGAUCGUGAUAUUUACAGGCGUGAUAAUUACAGAAGAAUUAGCAAAUAUAAUAACAGCGUCAAAGCGCUUGCACUGAGAUGGUCAUGACGUUUUCGUGCGAUUUCCCUUUAGUGUACCCUAAUUGAUGGUUUUCACAGUGACGUCAUCAAAUUGCAAAGUCAAAAAAGCGAGGUUCUACGAAUUCUUAUUUACACUAGGUUGAAGAUAAAUAGAAAAUAACUCUUUGUACAAGAUUCCAGCCCCGAAGCAUGUUUCAUUCCGAAAAUACAGCAAAUUGAACUUAAUUUUCCGAGUUUUCACAGUGCGUGACAUCAAAAUAGGAAUGCUGUCUCAUUGAAAAAAGUCUCUCCUCUUGAUUUUCUUGAUUUUGAUAAUCAUGUCGUUUUCCCUACCCUAAUUGAGUCCUAAUUGUUGUAAACAUGUGGAUAUCUUUUUCCAGCCAUAUUAACUUCACGCGUGGUCACGUAGCGCGUAUACACCUAAUUGCAAUAACGUUGUCUUAGAAAAAUGGUAAAGUGGAAAUGAAAAUAGAAAAAGCCAAAUAGGAAUUAAUUAGGCCUGCUAAUAAAUCUACAAAGGAGUUAGUAAAAGCGGAGCAUUUAUUUGCUGCAUAGGCGUUUUGGGGGCAUUAAGAAGCGAAGGCAGCACGUGUGCGUUGUUUGAAAAUAUAUCCACCACAUAGUGGUUUAAUGGUAUAUAAUUUCGAUUUGUUUUUUGCAUUUUUAAUUUCUGUUCCUUUUAGCUGAUUCAACUAUGACAACGCAAUUGCAAUUAAUUAGGUGUAUAUAUAUCGUUCAAUUUCUGGGAAGGAGUGAUGACUCAAGCUUAUAUAAAGUUUAAAAAAUCUUGAGUUAUGGGAAUUUCCUUCAAAUUGCUGCAAUGUCAAGUUGCCAAUGCGCCGCCAACAUAAGACCUAAAAAGUUAUUAAAAUCAUCCGUGAGUUUAAGUUUCACCUGUGACAUAUAACACCUGGCUCAUCAUAGUUAGGUCAGGUAGAUUGAAGAAGUACCGACGGAGACAACUUUGCUCGACCUUUCUUGGCCCUGUGAGCUUUUUUCUUUUACGUUUAGUUAAUAGUUUUUGCACGUUUAUGACUCUAUACCUCUGUGCCGAGUUGUUCGAAAGCGAUUAGCGCUUAAUCCGGGGUUACGUUUAUGAAUAACCCGGUUUCUUUUUCUUGUGUUCAAAAGCAUUUUCUCAGCUAAUUUUCUCUGUUAUUUUUAGAGCUUCCAAUCGUCAACGUGUAGACAAAAAGAAUUAAAACCGAAAUGCUUUUUAAGCUUUCAAAUCUGAAUUCAAAUCACUGGGUUAUCUUAAGGUGGCUCGAUAUAGUUUUUCAAGGUCAAUACCUCCCAAGUUUGAGCGUAAGCUACGUCGCCAUAAGCAAAGAUUUGGAAAAAUUGACACCACAGUUGUAUUAGAUAAAGAUGAAGAUUUGUUAUGAUCAGGGUUGCAAUGACAUCGGAGUUGUCAUAGCAACGAAAUGACGCCAUUACCUAUUUUACUUGCAACAGUAUUUCUCGGCACUGGGAACUGUUCUUCCAAAAUCGUUUACUGGAGCUUUUUCCUACAAUAGCCGCCUCGAUGUUAGUGAAGUUUAAGCGAAAUCUGUAAGAGCGUUAUCGAGAUAUUUUCGGAAGAAGUUUUUAUGGUUAGAAAUACGGUAAAAAAAUGGACAAUCUUGAUGUUCGACUGUUAUCUGUACUAAACGAAGCGCUUUUGACAUGCAAUUUCACCUCAUAGUAGUUUCAAUCUUUUUAAAAACGUGUGUGAAAGAUCAUGGAGAUACCUCCAGCCGAUUGCUAGAAAGAAGGAUUUGAUUAGUAUGUAUCAAGGCGCUCUUUUUAGCAGUAAUGUAAACAUUUCGGUCUACUUUAACAAAUUAGCGAAUAAUUUUUAAACCGCUCGAUAAAUUUUUUAAAAAAUUUAAGAAUCUUGAGACUAACCGUCCUUUUAUAUGACCUCUUCGUUUCAAGAUUAGCUUGAAGAUAUUGUGUUUUGCUAAACCCUGACUACAACUUUUAAGAACAAAAUAAAACUCAUCUCUUUUGUUUUUGUUUGAAACAGGGAUCGUGAUAUUUACAGGCAUGAUAAUUACAGAAGAAUUAGCAAAUAAAAUAACCGUGUCAAAGCGCUUGCACUGAGAUGGUCAUGACGUUUUCUUGCGUUUUCCCUUUAGUGUACCCUAAUUGAUGGUUUUCACAGUGAGGUCAUCAAAUUGCAAAGUCAAAAAAGCGAGGUUCUAUGAAUUCUUAUUUACACUAGGUUGAAGAUAAAUAGAAAAGAAAUCUUUGUACAAGAUUCCAGCCCCGAUGUUUCUUUUCGAAAAUACAGCAGUUUGAACUUCCGAGUUUUCACAGUGCGUGAAACCAAAAUAGGAAUGCUGUGUCAUUGCAAAAAGUCUCUCGUCUUGAUUUUCUUGAUUUUGAUGGUCAUGUCGUUUUCGUGCGUUUUCCCUUUACCCUAAUGGAGUCCUAAUUAUUGUAAACACGUAGAUAUCUUUUUCCAGCCAUAUUAACUUCACGCCUGGUCACGUAGCGCAUAUACACCUAAUUGCGAUAAUGUCUUAGAAAAAUGGUAAAGGGGAAAUGAAAAAAGAAAAAGCCAAAUAGGAAUUAAUUGGGCCUGCAUGCUAAUAAAUCUAGAAAAGAGUCAGAAAGAGAGCAUUUAUUUGCUGCAUAGGCGUUUUAGGGGCAUAGAAGCGAAGACAGUACGCUUAUGUUGAAAAUAAAUUCACGAUAGAGUGGUUUAAUGGUUAAAGCCUAAUUUAUUUCGAUUUGUUUUUUGCAUUUUUAAUUUCAGUUCCUUGUAGCUGAUUUAACAAUGACAACGCAAUUGCAAUUAAUUAGGUGUAUAUAUGUCGCUUAAUUUCUGAGAAGGAGUGAUGACUCAGCCUUAUAUAAACUUUAAAAAGUCUUACGUUAUUGGAAUUUCCUUCAAAUUACUGCGAUGUCAAGUUGCCAAUGCGCCGCCAACAUAAGACCUAAAAAGUUAUUUAAAUUAUCCGUGAGCUUAAGUUUCACUUGUGACAUAACACCUGGCUCCGGCAUAGUUCGGUCAGUUAGAUUGAAGAAAUACCGAGACAACUUUGCUCGACCUUUCUUGGUCCUGUGAGCUUUUUUCUUUUACGUUUAGUUAACUGAUAGUUUUUGCACGUUUAUGACUCUAUAAUUUACUUCUGAUCAUCAUUUAUUAAUACGCGACAAAUUAACGUAUAUAACCAGUUUAAUUUAGGUAAAUAGUUUUGACUGUAAAGAUGUCGAAAUCAUAUCAGCUUUCACCCAAAUUCAAAUUGUAUAUAUAAAUAAAACUCUCACUUGCAGGCCAUUGCGCAGAAGAGGAAAAUGGCCCUGGAAAAUUUUACUGAAGGCGAAAACCAUAAAACUGUCCAAGAACUGUACUGCUCGGCUAAAUUUGUCAGAGGUGUAGAGAGCGAGCUUAUAUUCCUUUCAGCUCUAAAUAUCUUUUUUUCCGUCACUGCAUUUCUGGGGAACACUCUGAUCCUAGUUGCUCUGCACAAGGAAACUUCACUUCAGCCGCCGUCCAAACUCCUGUAUCGUAACCUAGCGAUAACUGAUCUCUGUGUUGGUAUCAUUAUAGAGCCUUUAACUGUGACUUAUUUUACUUCUGUUGUGAAAGAAAGAUGGGAUAUUUGCUAUUACGCAUAUUGGGCAGGAAAUUACUCAAGUUUUAUUUUGUGUGUAGUGUCUCUAUUAACACUGACUGCAAUAAGCGUGGACAGACUUCUCACCUUGUUGCUGGGGCUCAGAUACAGGCAAGUUGUAACUCAUAGAAGAACAUGUAUAACUGUGACUGGUUUUUGGAUUUUGUCCAUCGUCAGUGCAUCUACUAUCUUUUUGAAUCGUCGUAUAACUUCAUGGUGUCUAUACAUAGUUUCAGCUUUGUGUCUAGUCACCACAAUCAUCGCUUACACAAAACUUUUCUGUACUCUACGUCGUAAUCAAAUUCAUGUUCAGAACCAUGUUGUUCAAGGACAACCGAGCCAAGCAAUUCCAUGGAACAUAGCUCGAUACAGAAAGGCAGUCUACAGUGCACUGUGGGUACAGGGAACAUUGGCUAUUUGUUAUCUUCCAUUUUCUAUAGUGUUCGUUUUGGCACCACGGAGAGGGAUGCCUUUAUCGAUCUACCUUGCCUGGAAUUUCACAACUAGCAUGGUUUUCUUUAACUCGUCAUUAAACCCCUUGCUGUACUGUUGGAAGAUCAGAGAAGUAAGGCAAGCUGUAAAAGAAACAUUAAGGCAACUCUUCUGUCGAUCGAGUUAGUUGUUUACGGUUUCCAUCCGUUGAUUCGUGCUAUAUUUAAAACUUGCUUCCAAGCUGAAAUUUACUGAAUUUAACGCAGUUAACUGUUAAUGUACUGUAUGUAUUGUAAGCUUAUUUUAAGAAAAAAGGCAUAUCAGCUGUUUUUUCAAGUGAAACGUAUUAUAUUCCUGCUGGUUUAAACAUGCUAUAGUUCAGUUAUUUUGUGGCAUGAAGUGUAAACGGCCUUACCAAUAAAUAGAUAGCUAAGAAACAAAUAGGAUGUCAAUAUGUUUAUAUUAGCAACACAAAAACUUUGCUCGUUCAUCACCCUUUUUUGUACUGUACAUUUCUUUGCCGUCGCUGCACGACUACGACGUGAAAGUGCAUCAUUUCACUUUUUUGGAGGGCGUGAACACAAGGAAAGGACUUCUUCUUUCUUUUCCUGAAUUUCGAUACAGUGUUUAAGAAUUCACCUCCAAAAAAAAUUGCCAACAUUUUUUAGAAUUGAACGAGCUGGAAUAAGUGCGACCAAUUGACUACAGACGGGCGGGUUUUAUCAACAGAGGCGAAUAUAAACUUUCUCAUAAUUCUUCCCCGCGCCAUACCCUUUGUUGCCAUUCAGUAUAAUGAGUAUUCGGUUGGUCGCGCUCUCAUUUUUCGUGCUGUCGUUUGGCUUUCGUAUCUUUACGUGAGGAAAAAUUUACACGACAGAAAACAUGUUGAGCAAAAAGAAAAAGAAUACAAAGCAGGAAGACCAACCAUCCCCACCCUGUCAUUUUUCCCGCGAAACCAUCAUUCAGUUUCCAUGACAACUUUUCCUUCCCAAAGGACGCUUGGGAUUGCAAAAUUUUUCACUGUCAUGGCGUUCUCUCCUCGGUCGAGAACAACUUUUGGGUUACCUCAAAGAAACGAUCGUCCUUCAGAGCUUGCGUUUGAUUUAAACAGCUUCGUUCGCCAAGCUCCGUACGAUGAGCGAGAUAAACCAAUAAACACAGCUCAACACAGACUAUGGCUGGACAUGUCUCACCUCGACACGUCGACGAUGCAACAAAUCGAUGACAAAUACAACAGCAACAUGUGGAAAAAUUUCAAGUUUGUUCGCCCUAGGCACAGUGCCAACUACGGGAAACAAAGCUCCCCUGAAGCUUCUAGAGGCUUGAUCGCGGAAAUCUAUCCAUUAACAUUGCCCAAGCCCUCGAGCAUCGGCGAAAAUACCUAUCACAAAUUCCUACAGGAAACGAAAUUACCUAAAAACAAACACAAAAUCGUCGGAUGGCAGAAACAAGGAAAGGGGCAUUUUCAGUCAAGGACUUUAAAAGUGAAGAGCGAAUGCAGGGCUCCUCCAAUUGAUUGGGAGGGUAAUAUACUGCCUCCAACAAAUUACAAGAGAUACCCGAGACCUGAAAGUGAUUUUUCUAACAAUGAUUGGCAAUAUUUAUACCCAUCCUACAGUUCACCAGCUCCUAGUAAAAUGCAGUACACAUUGCCAAACUCGCCGUAUUCUCGACAAGGAACACCGUGGCGUUAUGGACUACGUGUUAGAAGACCUAUACUCGAAUAAAAUUAAUGCACUCUAUGUGGUGACAAAACGUUUGGAUGGGUUCCGAGGCGAAGAUUGCUUUCCAAUGCACAGAUUCGUCAGUAUUAGCCCCGAUGCUGGUGUGAUGUAGUGAGACCUAUGGCUGCUUAGUAUCAACAAGUGGGUAAUGUUAAUACCCCAGCAAAAGGAUCAAAGACACAGUACCUUUACAAGCAAUUGUACACAUGCACAUGGUAUGAGAGUUAUCAGGCAAAGCAUAGGGUUACCCUGGUGUUAGGCUAACCAAUGUUAUUAGGUAACACUCGGAAAGUCUUUCACUUCGGGGUUGAAAAAGGAAAGAGAGCUUGCAAUAUCUGCAUUGAAAAAGUCGAUGGAAAAUGCUGAUUGGUGGAGAUGACAUUAGUAAUGAUGUCAUUAACCUUGGCACAUGAUUGGUGGAAACUUGACAGCUCAGUCAAUGGGGAGCCACAGGGGAAUUGGAGAUGGAAUUCAAAUUCCAGGAACAUAGUCGCAAGCUCUCCCUCCUUUUCCCACCCUGCCACCUGAGCACCUGGAAGAGCUUGCUCACAGGCUAAGAAGUGGCAAAAGUCAAUUAUUAGACAAAAAAUAGCACCUUAUGUGGUCAUGAUGUGAUUGUACACUUGACUGAACAGAAACCUUUUGUGCGAUAAAAUAUAGCGUCUUCAUGGUUGCCACAAAGAUGGGUUGGUAUGAUGACAGCAGAGGUACUUAUCUACCCUCCAUGUUGAUACUUCGGUCAUUAUGAAUGCCAAAGACAAACAUUAAUUUGCAGAAAAUGGUGGUCAAAAUGAAGAUGAUGAUGAUUAUAAUGGCAAAGAUGGCAAUCAUGAUGAUGAGGUUAAAGUUGACAGUGAAAAUCAAAAGUUAUUAUGGUACGUGGUGGGGAGCCCAACGGUACUAACCUAUUUAUACCAGUGUGCCCAGCAUUUGAGGUGA